GGAUUGUCUUCUACUCGGGUUCCUUUUACCUACGUGUUUCGUUUUCUGCACGCUUAUCCAGUCAAACACCCUCAGCGCGAUAAGAUGCGAGUGGAGGGGCUGGGGAAGGGGUCGAGAUGAACUGAUGUUCCGUCAUUCUCAGGACCGGGGUCAACCAAACUGUUGGGUCAAUUGAUGAGAGAUAAAAACUCUGGAAUGCCCUGGCAUCGGUGUGCCUACGAUGUUGUGCCAAAAUGCUUCUACAACCGCCGCGCCGCGCCGCGCCGCAAUGUGGUGAGCCUCCCAUCAUCGUUCGGCAUCCUCACUAUCCUGAACAUCAGAGUACUUUGCUCCGUUUCCCUAGGCUGGAUGCUGUUUCGAGACGCGAUGAAGUCGACUGUGAAUACACGUAUGGUGUCCACCACGGAACAGUUUUGUCAGCCUGUCAGAUCAUUACAGGUAAUGCUUCGACCGUGUACCUGAGUUAUGAUCAUCGUGGAAAGAUGCCUGUGAGGCUUAGCUACGAUGGCAUAUUGACGUAUGGACAAUAUUUCCUUCAUGUUCCCCAAGGGAUCGAUGACCUCCACCCGUUCGCUGUUAUUUGCGACUUUGAGGAUUGGCAGUUUCCGCACGACGGUAUACCCGAGGCAUGGACGAGUUUCGAAAGCGCACCAGUAGUGGCAGCAUCUCCGACAUACCACUGCGCUCUGUCUGGCGGUUUGUCAACAGAGCCAGCUUAUCUGGUACCCCACAAUCAAUCUUCAUGGUUCCAUCAAAACCGGAUGGGCGAUUAUAUUGCGAACCGUGGCGAAGAUUUCGGGCCAGGCAAUGCUUCGAAUAUUUGCUACCUUCAUAAGGACCUUUUGAGGGAUUUCAAUUGCCGAGCCUUUGCUCUAGUGCCGAAAAUGUCACGCCACGGCUACCGACUGGUUGCACAUUACCUUUCAACUUCGGACGAUCUCUUGUACCCCGCGAACGUCUUUCACAAUCAGGAAGCUUACCAGCUCGAGAGGUACACGGGCGAAUACUUAUAUGCUCGCUUUGCUUAUACAAUUUUUGGUCUCAUUCGAACCUUCACGGAGCAGAAAAGACGAGUGGCAGUUAUUGAGCCUGGAAGGAAUGAGUUCAAGCUGUGCACUUGGGUCACUAAAGUAUACUGGAUGAGCCCGGAGCAGGUUGCGGCUCGACGGACGCAGCUCGCUAAUCAGCCGCUCAGGAAGAGAAAUCUUUCAGAAUCCGGAAUAAACACCGAACGCCAGCAUGGGCCGAAGCCGUUUAGACCAUUGCUCACUGAACAUGGUCAAUCCCGGCCAUUACUCGAUCCAGGACGGCCAAUCCUGACUCAGAACCGGGCACUACAUCAUUCCCAUAGGCGGGCACGCUCUCUUACCUUUGACGAUCUUCCACCCGAAGUCCGUCUCCAAAUCUGGGAGGCAACUUGGCCUAGGCCUCGACUAAUCGGAGCUGAGGCAGUUGAGCUUGAUAAUCAAUCUACGGACGACAUUGAAGAUUUCGCUAGACUUCAGAUCCUUGGAAGCAUGGAAAGUUGGCUCAAAGCAGGCGAAACUCGACAGAUGCUCAAGCACGAUCGAUACCCAGUUGCUUUGUCUGUAUGUGCUGAGUCUCGGAGGCAUACAAUGCAGCACUUUACCCUAAUUUACCACCAUGAACACAUAGAAUGGUCAUUUUAUCUGAAUCCGGCACUUGACAUUCUCUGGGCCUCAGAUGAUUUGUGGAAUCUUGAAGAAGAGGAUAUCACAAACUUGUCACGUGCUUAUGGCCGACAACUGACCUGCAUAAAGAAGCUGGUUUUAGAUGCAGAGAGCUGGCGUGACAUGGCUACCUUGGAGAUCUUGCGCUAUCUAGGCGGCAUCGAAGUCAUUCAACUACGUCUUGACGAUAAUGCCUCGCCGACUGUGGUCACUGAACUGCUACAGGACCUAGGCGUUCAGUUCCGAAACGACAACAGGUAUUGUUCUCGUUUUCAACUCAUCGAUCAGUCUUACAGAAUUCGUGGUGAAUUCGAGACCGGGAAAUACAUCUAGGGGCAAUAACAAGAAGAUCAAGUUAGAAAUUUAGGGGACUCAUUUUCAUUAUGAGCCUGACGAGUCUUCAAGAUUUCCUGCUUGAAUGUUUUUUUGCAUUGAUUAUGUGAUCAGUUGUUGAUACCAGUUGCUGCCUGUUGAAUAUUUUAUAGUCACAGGGUCAUGCAAAUGCCUCUUUCUCUUCUUGGAUAGCCGCUUCAACUGCGUUUGACGCAUAUCUGGUAAGAUAGUUGCUAGAUCGAAGUCAAUGAGUAAAAGGUGUCCACGCUCAGAAUUCCAGAGGAGAUUCUCUUGCCGCAUAUCGUUAUGAAUAACGCCACAAGUUAAAAGUAGCUGUCGAAAUCGCAGCCACUCAGAUAAUCCAUUACCUUUGAUCGUGACCGCAUCUCCCGCCCAUGCCAUGAGCAACAUAUGAACUAUAUCAGCUGCUGGUAGUGUAAAUGGAGUAACCAAAGCAAUACUUCCCAAGCAGACAGGAACAUGAUGGCCUUGUAGUGGUUCCAUUCGCCGGUAAACCUUCUCUUCAUGUUCUAGACUGCCGACGGCUGCAGCGAACGUCCCUUUGCCGACAAAAGUAUAGCCAUAGCGUCUCGAAGAUAUCUUGAAGAGAGCCCCUGUACGUCCGUAUUUACCACAACCAUCUAGUGGUCUAAUGGAACACAAGCGGCGGACGGGUGGAGUCAGGUCCUUAUGUAAGAGGUCUAAGAGACGAGCUGCAUUAAUGGGAUGUGCCAUACUUCCAGUGAUACUGCGAUGUAACGCGACGUUCGGACACUUCUCAUCAAGAAACUGGUUUCUCUUGAGACCCAACAAGCAGUCCUGGGUACAGUAGGGGCGGGACUCAAGUUCCAGCUCCUCAUUGCUUGGACCCUCCUCGCUCCCUGAUGUGAUAUCCUUACGUUUGUUAGAGCCGGGGGCUUUCGCUUCAAGCGACGCUUGUAGGCCGUGACUCCGUCGGCUGGCACCGCCGGCCGACUCCUCAUCACUAGUAUCGUUAUCGGCGUCUGGCUGCUGCUGUGGGUUGCACGACGCCCUCGUCCUUUGUCGCAGUUGUACUGUGAGUUUCUGGGCAGCAGUAACUGAUCCAGCAUAAGAUGAGGCAGAGUGUAUAGACUGGGGCGAUUCUUCCUCUGUUGUCCCACCGCGCAUCUCGGUGUACGGCUGCGGCCACUUGCUCAGCCGGAGAAUCGCCUUCUCCUUCCACAAGUUAGACUUGCCAGGUUCUCGGCAGGUCUGCAGGCAAAAUGCAGCCAGUUGUGCGACGGCGGUAUAGAAUGGAUCUACCGUCCCGUCUAAGCCUUUGGCAUCUAUAUCCGGCUGAGAUAUAUGAUGAUAUAGCACUGUUGGAUCGUCUUCGAUAUGAAGAAAGAUCAGUGCUUUUCCGGCCGUGAGGUAGCCGCAGCUACUGCCGAGGUGGAUCAUGUAGUGGAAUGUUUGGGCGAGUGCUUUGGCGACUGUCUCUUCCAUUUGCUCUUGUAAGCGCGUCUCACCGUCGGUGCUGACUUUUCCACUGGAGAUUUUCAGAAUGACACGCGUAAAUAGGUCCUCCUUGCACAUAGCCUUCUGAAAACUCUCGGCAGGUAUUUUGUGUGCUGCCUUGUAUUCGCCGGGGAAUGCGGCAUAUUUUUCUCCAGCCAACGUGGUUCGUAUAGCCCAUUUAUCGGGUCCUCGCUUUCUUGGUAUUCUCCGAUGCAGUGCCAUUCUUUUCUUUGACCCGGGCUGCCUAUGCAUAGGUUUGACAAAGAUUUCAUCGAUAUCUCCGUCAUCACUAUCGGUAUCGUCGGGCUCCGUGAGACUGAGACAAUGAUUCUCGAAUGUAAUCGCUUUGCAAUCGAGCUCUUGUCCGCCUGGACAAGUUUGAGAUCGUGGUCCAAACACGGCGAAUACGUUUUCCACAGGAUCUUCGAUAGCCAGAUGCUCGAAUGUCCUGAGGUCCUCCUCACUGGCGACAGGUCUUUUGUUUGAAGCUCGCGCUACUGCACGGACAUCGUUCCGUGAAGGCAAAAGAAGUUCCGGUACUGUUUCCUCAAUUAUGGUGUGACAUCGUCGUUGUCCGUCAAGAAACCCGUCCCAAGGACGCAACGUUAGGGGGUAGUAUUUACCCGUCACGUCAGUUGUCCCACCACUCGAUGAUCUCGCUUUGUCUUGCACAGUCAGAGUCAUAAAAAGCUCCUCGUGGCAGAGUCGUAGAUACUCAUGGUACGAUGUAUUGCGUUGGUCACGCCUGAGGCUCUCUUCUCGCUGUCGCGCUGCUUCUUCGCGCUCCUGCGCUGCUUUUUCUCGCUCGUUAGCCGCUUCUAGCUGGCGCCGAAGCUCGCGUAUCUCGUCGUCACGGUCGGUCAUCAGCAUCUAUUUUGUAUGUGGAUGGAGUAGGGUGUCUAAUUACGACUGGAUAGAGGUUCCGAGGAUAAUUGAGUUCACGUUAGCUGCUUAUAGAGGCAUCAAAACAAAAGUG